AUGUCUUCCAGAACGCCUACCCCCGGCCGUAUCAUCGGUGACCUCCUCCGAGCAUCUAGACCGGGCCCUUCCUGCGACCAUCUUCGCUUCCGGCAAGCAUUCUGCAAACCAACCCGUCAUUCGCGCCAUGUCUCGACGGCAGCUCCUCAGCUCUCCGAGAUGGAGGUCGACGCAGAAAAGCCUCCGCGUUGGUCCCAAACGCCUUCGGCACUCAAAGCCCCCGUGCGCGUGCGGCCACCGCGGAUACAAACACCUCUCAAGAUCAACAAAGACCAGCGGAAGCUAGAUGAUUUCUACGUCAAGUUUCUGGGAAGAGACGGUGACAAAAUGCUGUCGGAAGAGACCAAAUGGCUAGCUGUCACGAACAAGAGCUUCGACGCUGGAAGAAGAGGAUUCAACGACCGGCUUGCGUUUUUCGGCAAGCGAAUACUCGAGCUCCAAUGUUCCCUAGGGUUGAUCAGCGUCGCGGAUGCUUCACGCUACCUGAAAAGCGAGGAGCAGGAUCCUUAUGGACGGCAACCUUUUCGACACCCUGCCACCGAGUCGGUGGAGUGCCUCCUGGGGGCGCCCAUCACUGGUUCACAAGUCAUAAGCAACUCGCGACUUUGGCCGAGCAGUAUGGCUUGCCGGAAGUGGUCCGGUGGCAUCCCAGAGAUGUACGUCCUGCGCUGCAAUCCUUCCUUGCCCGAACGUCUUCAAGCAUCAGGCUCAGAACUAGUCUACUCGCAAGCCGUCCUCGCGAUCAUCGGCGCUGUGGCCCUGGAACAAGGUGGUGCAGUGGCGAACCAAAUAGCAAAGGAGAAGGUGCUCGUGCCACUCGGGCUGAAAUUAAAUUGGAAACCCAAGGCAGAGCUUGCACAGCCAUCGCCGUAA